GCGUCGCUGCAUUUCCAUAUUCGCCCUCGCGACACACCAGAAAUCACGGCCUCGGUUGAAUCGCGUCCCCUCUCUCUCCCUCUCGCUCGCUCGCCCCACUCCGAGCCGAAGCAGCCAUUGACGACCGUCCUCCGAGCUCGCGACCAUCGGCCGAACCGGCGCGGAUACCUGAAUCGAGUGCUCCAGUAGAUGCUUGCUUCGUUUGACAAGGAAAACGGAAGCGAAAGUGUGGGGGGAGACAGAGCGAGGGAGAGAUUGAUUCGAUUGGAAGAAUGAGGUCUUCUUCUUCUUCUUCAGGAAGGAUCGACAUCGCAGCGAGCGCGCAGAGGCUCGAUGUCGACAAUUGUAUCGCUCUCCGCUUCUACUACAGGAUCGCCGAUAAUGUCCUCAAGCAGGCUAAUAUAUUCCGAGAGGAGAAUAAUAUUGUAGAUCUGUAUGUUAUGCUUCUCAGGUUUUCGAGUUUGGUUUCCGAGACCAUUCCUCGCCAUCGAGAUUAUAGAGCAUCUUCACAAAAGAAGAAGGAUUUACUGAAAAAGCAAUUGCUAAAUGCAUUGACUGAGCUGGAGGAAUUGAAGCCCAAAGUCCAGCAGAAAAUCGAUGGUUCAAACAGGAAACAGGCGAACCAGAUGAAUAACUGGGGUUAUUGUAAUCAAAGUAGUUCUCUGGAGUGGACUCCUGGCAGAAAGCAGAUUUCGACAAAUUACGACAUGAAAGUGGUAUCUAGACCAGCUUCUCUACUAUCAAAUUAUCGAAGUACAACGAUCCAGCCGCCUCUGCAAUCCAGUCCAGUGAAUGACCCAUUCCGAAAAAUAUCACUUAGCAUGGUGCGCCCGAAGGAGGAGACUCUCUCCAGGCAUUCUAUUUUAGGGCCCAAUGGACUUAAUGGGCACUGGCAGCCACCUAGGAGCGAUAAAUGGGUUCAAUAUCCAAGCAACAUUGACUUGACUCCAGUCGAAGUACCCAGAAGCAGGCUGCUACCAUCUGUAGAAGACAAACAUGCAAUUAAGAAGGAUUCCACUGAGUUGGAAAAGGAAACGUCUAGUUUAGAUUCAAAUCUCGUUGUUGACGAUGCCAACAAGGUGCCUCAAACUGAGGAAGAACCUCUGAUGAUCUCCUUUGAAACUACGGAAACAACUGUUCAAGCAGAAAUCAUUCGACAGCCAUCUCCUCCUCCUGUUCUGGCAGAAGUGCAAGAUUUAAUUCCAGGAGUGUCUCACGAACAUAAUGAUCUAAAGUGUGGCUUGGAUAAGCCAGCAUCUGAUAAUUAUAUUUGUUCAGAGUCUCCCCUGCAGUUGCACAUUUCAACGGCAUUGAUGAAUACCUUUAUGAAACUGGCUAAGGUCAAUACUGACCGCAAUUUGGAAACGUGUGGCAUCCUUGCAGGUUCACUUAAACAUAGGAAAUUCUUUGUCACCGCCCUAAUCAUUCCAAAGCAGGAAUCAACAUCGGAUUCUUGCCAGACCACAAAUGAAGAAGAGAUAUUUGAAGUGCAAGAUAAGCAAUCUCUUUUUCCACUAGGGUGGAUUCAUACGCAUCCUACGCAGUCCUGUUUCAUGUCAUCUAUUGAUCUUCAUACACAUUACUCUUAUCAGAUCAUGUUGCCGGAAUCUGUUGCAAUAGUAAUGGCUCCAAGAGAUGGUUCAAGAACCCAUGGGAUUUUUCGGUUGACGACGCCCGGUGGCAUGUCAGUCAUAAGACAGUGCCAGCAGCGCGGGUUUCACCCUCAUAACCAGCCUUCGGAUGGCGGGCCAAUUUACAAGUCGUGUACAGAUGUUUAUAUGAAUCCGGAUCUUAAAUUUGACAUCAUUGAUCUACGAUGACCAGAAUUCUGGCAUCAGAACUGGUAACUGUUUACUGUGCAAUUGUCGAUAGCUUAUAUGAAUAUGAUAUUUUACUUUUGAGAAAUUCCGAUUGAGCCCAUGAUUGUUGAAAUGCCUGUGAUUGUACAUAAGACUGGAAGAGCUAAACUGUCCAGUUGGGCCUGUAUUGUGUGAGAAUCUGGGAAGCUACUACUGCUUGUCAUUUACUGAAGAGAUUUGUGUCUGUCUCAGAACCGAGAAUACUGGCUCCAGCUAUUGGUUCCAUGGAGAUUUGCAUGGA